ACUGAUGAUGACGUCCCCCCCACGGCUCUUGUAGCCAUAGCAGCCGAACACGACAACGGUCGUAAACACACAAAAAAACGGAUUCCAGAAAUAUUUUUCUCACUGAAGAGAUCUUUACAAAGGAAUACUACCUUUACUUUUGUUGUUGUUUUGUUUUACCUGACAACGCCGGCUGUACGUAAAACUAGCUAAGGUCGCUAAGCAGCGCCUAAAUUGUAUCCUAGCUAGGUUCGCUAACUAACAUUAGCUAGCUGCAUUGUAUGCUAGCUAGGUUCGCUAACUGACGUUAGCUAGCUACAUUGUAUUGCUAGGUUAGCUUAGCGUGUUAACAUUGUCUAGCCGCUAUCUUUUGCAGUUUGUGAAAAAUACUAAACAUAAUAGUUUGCUAGUGUAGUUUAGCAAGGAAACUUACCUGCUAAUGUUAUUAGCUAGUUCUAGCUAACGUUACAAGCUGGCCAAUAUUUUAUAUUGCUUUUAAAUAGUUAGGAUUUAAAAAAAAAUAUUAUUAACACUUUGUUCUAGCUAGCUAUUUGUGUAGGUAGAUAAAGUAAACACAAUGAUAUAGUUAGAGAAACAACAAGUACACUCACUAGUACUAGCUGUGGCUAGUGUUUUUUGACAAUCCGACGAGCGUCUGCUAAAUGACUUAAAUGUAAAUGAAAUGAUGUCAAAGAAUGACACUUUUAUUGGCCCCUAGGCCUAACUCAUGCAGCUGUAUGGUGAUAAUGAGCUGAAAUGCCGACUAGAGGCAUUUGAUCCAUUCAGAAUCGCUGCUACAUGAAUCUUUUCCGACAAUUAUCUGAGUUUGGACAGCAAUGUUUAGUCUGAUGGCGAAUUGUUGCAACUGGUUGAAACGCUGGCGGCAGCCCGCAAGGAAAAUAACACUGGUGAUGGUUGGACUUGACAACGCUGGGAAGACUGCUACAGUACGCGGGAUCCAGGGAGAGAGCCCAGAGGACGUGGCCCCUACGGUAGGGUUCUCCAAGGUGGAUCUGAAGCAGGGGAAGUUUGAGGUCACCAUCUUUGACCUGGGCGGAGGGAAGAGGAUCAGGGGCAUCUGGAAGAACUACUACAGCGAGUCCUACGGGGUGGUGUUCGUGGUGGACUCCAGUGAUGUUCAGAGGAUCCAGGAGACCAGGGACACCAUGGCCGAGGUCCUCCGACACCCUCGCAUCUCUGGGAAACCUGUCCUAGUAUUGGCUAACAAGCAGGAUCGGGACGGGGCAUUGGCUGAGGCAGACAUCAUUGAGAACCUGUCAUUGGAGAAGCUAGUGAACGAGAACAAGUGUCUCUGUCAGAUCGAGCCGUGUUCUGCUGUUCUGGGCUACGGUAAGAAGGGGGACAAGUCCAUCAGGAACGGACUCAACUGGCUGCUGAACAACAUCGCCAAAGACUACGAAGCCAUCUCUGAACGCGUCCAGAAGGACACGGCCGAACAGAGGGCUCAGGAGGAACAGGAGAAGAGAGAGAGACAGGAGAGAGUACGAAGGAUACGGGAGGAGAGAGACCGUCAGGAGAAAGAGGAGGCGGAGAGGGAGGGUCGGACACUGCAUGAGGAGGAGGAGACCGACGACGCCGCCGUACACAGCCCCUUCCAGCCAAUCGGCAACGUCAUCAAUGAGAAUGAAGACAAGCUGAAGAAGAGACCGACAGGAGGGCAGGUGGGUGGUGCCAACGAUGCUAGAGAAGGAGGGCAGGAAGAGGAAGAGGAGGAGGAGGAGGAAGAGGACAGCGAGAGACAGACUCCAGAGAGCGGUGCAGCCUCAGUGGAGCGGACGAAGAAGAAGACGAGUAAACUGAGACUGAAGAGGAAACACAGAGUGGAUCCUCUGAGGACGGAGGAGACAGCAGCCCCCGAGAGCCCCACACCUCCACCACUACCUGUUGGAUGGGCUACUCCCAAAAUGUCUAGGCUUCCCAAGCUGGAGCCUCUUGGCGAUAGGAGUCGAUCCGAGUUCUUCGGCAAGCCCCUCCCUCCCGUGGCCAACCGUCAACAACAACCUAACAGCGACACUCAUGAUGUCAUAUCCUAGCCCCUCCCCUCCACCGGGCUCCUCCUUCCUUACCUGAUUGGUUUAUCCCAUCCCCAAGCCCAACCUUCAAUUCAAACAACAUUAUUUGUCCUCUUCAGGCAUUUCUAUUAGGCUUUGACCUGACACCUCACCACCAAAAAAAAAAUGACAGUUUCUUUGGUUUCUUUUCAAAGUACGUGCUGUGUAGAGGUCUACAGACUCCACCACCAGCCGAGAUGAUGCUCCCAAGACCAAGGAGCCACCGCCACCGUCGGCCCACGAGCUCACAGGACUACGAUGGUGGAGCGGACUGUCCAACCCUGGAGAGAGACUGGGUGGGCCCUGGAGAGAGAGGGAGGGUGACUGGGUGGGCCCUGGAGAGAGAGAGGGAGAGUGACUGGGUGGGCCCUGGAGAGAGAGA